UUUGUGAAGUGAAAAGAGAAAUAAAUUUAUACAUAAAACAAAUGAAAGCAUGUUGAAAAGAACUUUUACAAUCUGUUUCCAACCACCACCCAUGUUCUGCUAUCCUUUUUAAGAUAAGUAUGAUAUCCCUUAUCAUGAUUUUCUAGUAUUCAUUUGUAGAUUUUGUUCCCUCUUUUGGGUUAAGUUUUUCUUCUCAGAUCUGGGUUUUUUGUUGGAGAUUGGUUGAUUCAGGAGAAAGUUGCAGGUGGGAUUUUGAUAAUUCUGGGUUUUUUGGACGUUUCAUGUUGAACUUGAAUGCAUAUUUUGAAGUUUUGUGUGUUUAUUUUAUGGAUUUGUUUGGUGGUUUGAUGGACAUUUGGAGAUGAAGUUUUGAUUUUUUUUUCAUGCAUUUUGUAUGUGUUGUUUGUUGUUGAAUGUUCUUUGGUUAUAUUGUUAUUCAACUGGGAUUUUAAAUUGAGAAAGUGUGGUGAUGGAGAGGGUACAAUGCAGGGAGGUGAUGAGUGUAUUUCUUGUGGUGAUGAUCUUUGUGUUUAUCAGAAUUGGUGAAGCUCAAUCUCAGUCUUUUCUAAUAAAUUGUGGCGCUGAUUCUGCUGUUAGUAUAGAUGGUAGGAAAUGGGUUGGCGAUUUGGCCCCUAAUAACAAUGUCACUCUCAGUUCUACUGGUACGGCUGCCACUACUGCCACAUUGAGUGCUGGUUCAAUCUAUGAGCCAAUUUAUAAAUCUGCUAGAAUUUUCAAAGAUGGAUUGAACUAUACAGUUAAAGUAAUUCCAGGCAACUAUAUUGUUAGGCUCCAUUUUUGUCCCUUCCCCUUUGAGAAUUUGAAUGCCAAUGAUUCGUCCUUUGAUGUUGUGGCGAAUGGCCUCAAAUUGUUGUCUCAGUUGAGUGUUCCUGGUGAGAUUGCACACAAGAACUUGUACUUGCAAAGUUCAGGUGGCAAUGCAAGUUCAUUCUCUUUGAUUAAGGAGUAUGUACUGGGGAUCAAUUCGGAUGUUCUUGUCAUUGAGUUAAUCCCCAGUGAAGGAUCAUUUGGGUUUAUAAACGCCAUAGAGAUUGUCCCCGUGGUAGAUAGGCUCUUCGCAGAUGCAAUUCAGAAAGUGGGUGGAAAUGACAUGAAUUUAAAUUUGAGUGGUCGAGGGAUUGAAACCAUGUAUAGGUUAAAUGUUGGGGGUCCUGAGAUCAAACCCAAUCAGGAUUCAGAUCUCUGGAGAAUGUGGGAGGUCGAUUCCAGCUACAUGAUCACAGCAAAUGCUGGGGUUGAAAUCCGUAACAGUUCUAACAUUACCUAUGCCUCUAUGAAUGAUUCUUCCUUGGCUCCUCUCCUUGUUUAUGAAACCGCAAGAACCAUGUCCAACACUGAAGUCUUGGAAAAGAGGUUCAACAUGUCAUGGAAAUUUGAAGUAGAUCCUGAUUUUGACUACUUAGUUCGGUUACAUUUUUGUGAGCUGGUCUAUGAUAAUGCAAACGAGAGGAUUUUCAGAAUCUACAUAAACAACAGGACUGCAGCAAAUACUUUUGAUGUCUUUGUGCAGGCAGGGGGAAUGAACAGAGCAUAUCAUCAAGAUUACUUUGAUGCUGUGUCUUCUAAGACUGACACACUCUGGAUUCAACUAGGUCCUGAUACUGCAGCUGGUGCUUCAGGAACUGAUGCUCUCUUGAAUGGGCUCGAGAUUUUCAAGCUGAGCCGAAAUGGGAAUCUUGCAUAUGUAGAAAAAUAUGAUUCUGCUGGAAAUUCAGUUGGUCGUUCAAAGAGUUGGAUUCUUUGGGUGGGAAUUGGAGCAGGUAUAGCUUCUGUUGCCAUUCUUGCAGUUGCAUUUACUCUUGUCUUCUAUAUCUGUAAAAACCGGAGAGAAAAAACUAGUGACAUGAAAAACAACUCCCCUGGGUGGAGGCCACUCUUCCUUCACAGAGGCAUUGUAAAUAGAACUGCUAAUGCCAAGGGAACAGGAAGCCAAAAUCCAAAUGGAUCUUUGGCCUCUACCAGAUCUGGCAAGCGGUUUGCAUUGGCAGAGAUUCGUGCAGCAACUAAUGAUUUUGAUGAAAGUUUAGUGAUUGGAGUGGGAGGUUUUGGUAAGGUGUACAAAGGGGAGAUUGAAGACGGCUCCCUUGCAGCAAUUAAACGUGCAAACCCUCAGUCUGAACAAGGGCUGGCCGAAUUCGAAACAGAAAUUGAGAUGCUUUCGAAGCUCAGGCAUAGACAUCUAGUCUCCUUGAUUGGGUUCUGCGAAGAACAGAAUGAGAUGAUUUUGGUCUACGAGUAUAUGGCAAAUGGGACUCUCAGAAGCCAUCUAUUUGGAAGUGAUCUUCCUCCUUUGACUUGGAAGCAGAGAUUAGAAGAGUGUAUCGGUGCUGCCCGGGGACUCCAUUACCUCCAUACAGGAGCAGAGGGAGGGAUAAUCCACAGGGAUGUUAAGACAACCAACAUCCUAUUAGAUGAGAACUUUGUCGCGAAGAUGUCUGACUUUGGGUUGUCAAAAACUGGUCCUUCCAUGGAGCACACCCAUGUUAGUACUGCAGUGAAAGGAAGUUUCGGAUAUCUUGAUCCUGAAUAUUUCAGGAGACAACAGUUGACUGAGAAAUCCGAUGUCUACUCAUUUGGUGUGGUGUUAUUUGAAGUUGUUUGUGCUCGAGCUGUCAUAAAUCCAACCUUGCCAAAAGAUCAGAUUAAUCUUGCAGAGUGGGCAAUGAAGUGGCAGAGGCAAAGAUCACUCGAAACCAUUAUUGAUCCACGUCUCAAAGGGAAUUACUCUCCAGAGUCAUUGGAAAAGUUCGGGGAGAUAGCCGAAAAAUGUCUUGAUGACGAGGGAAAGAACCGCCCUACAAUGGGGGAAGUUUUGUGGCACUUAGAGUAUGUCCUGCAACUGCAUGAAGCUUGGAUGCGUGCCAACGAUAGAGAAAAUUCAUUUUCGAGUAGUCAGACUUUGGGGGAGCUAGAAGCGAGAGAUAUUGAAAAAGGCGAAGAAGUUCCAACUUUAGAGGAAGAAAACAGCAAAUGAGAGGUGGGUUUUGCAGUGAGCUUGGUCAGAUGUGAAGUGAGAAAUAGUGUGUUUUCAGUUACAGUCCUAUACAUUCAUAAAUUCUUUAUAUUUGUUUAAUGAAUUCAGUGCGAAUUUUAGAAUUCUUGUUGUAAUUGUUAAUUAACCAGAGAGAGGGAGUUAUUCAAAUUUUAUUCUUUGUAAUAUCGGCAUUAGUUACAGUCCUCAGUUUUAUAAUGUGAACUGGAGCUUCUUCAUUAUCACUCAUUGUGUAAUUUACACUUUAAUUGAAAAA